AUGAGAAGAGAAUCAUCGCCAGAUAUGGUUUUUCCUCCUUCGUUAGACGACGGUCCAAGAACAAGAUUGUACAACGAUCCUUUCGACGAACUGGGCGGAUGGCUGUUUGAGAUGCUACGGACAGGUGUACUUAUAUCAAUGACUGAAGUGCAAAACAAAUACAUGUGUAUUUUACGCCGCCGAAAUCAGCCGUCAACAGAGGCGAUAGUCCGAACAACAGCGAUUCGUGCACGUUUGGUAACGAUAUACGGCAAUGAACUACAUUUUACCACUUUAAACAAGUACAGCGGCACUUAUGUUGCACUGAAUAAUUUGUCGGUUUACACGCGUUUGGCACUCUCAAUAUCGUUAAAUAAUAACGAAUCGAUCAAAACCUUCGAAAAAGAACAAGAUAAUCCAAGUACAAAAACCAAAUGUGAAUCAUUAUUCGACACACUCAAGCUCUUACGUCAAUCGAUCAACGAACACUACCAUUAUUUCAAGAAAUUAAAAGAAAACCCAGAUAUCUUGGCAAACUUUAAUUCGGGUUUAUUCUGGGACUGCGCACCAUUAUUAUUGAAAAAUUUCAUUGGUUCGUUGACGUUGAGUGAACGUCGAUUUGAAGAACUGCAAAACAACUACAAUUAUUACGAUCUGCUCGAAAAAGAUAUGUUCAAAACAUCGAGCAAGUGGUUAAAGAUAUCUUCGAUCUCAUAUGACAUUAUUAGCUGCAAAAACGAUUCCUACGUAACACCUAAACAUUAUCUUCUUGCAAAUGAAUUAUUUCGUCAUGAACGAUCGUCGCAACUACUAACAAUUACAAAUCGAUAUGGACAUACAUGUGGAUACAAAACAAUUGUUCGUCUACACCAUGAAGCCGCCGAAAGAGUAAAAAUGUCCUCAAUUCCCCUAGCAAGUGUUAAACAACAACAUAUGUUUGCAAUCAAAGUUGCCGAUAACUUUGAUCUAAACAAAGAAUCACUACAUGGGGAAAACAGUAUACAUAUCCUCAAUCAAAUUAUUGUCCAUAAUCCCGAGAACGACGAAUUAUUAACCAACGUACACCAAUGUUUGGCUGAAAUGAAGGAUAUAGUCGCAGAAUCGGUAGAAUUGCACUUGAUGCCAGAG